AUGAUAGCAACCGAGGCAGCCAGAGCUGAUAAGUUUGUUAGAGGUCUCAGGCUAGAUAUCCAGGGUCUGGUUCGAGCCUUUCGACCCGCCACCCAUGCUGAUACACUGCGCUUGACCGUGGAUCUCAGUUUACAGGAGAGGGCUAACUCGUCCAAGGUUGCAGUCACUAACUAUGCUAGCAUAGAUUGUUUUCGUAAGGAGGUAGCAUUUAACCCUCCCUUGAUGGCCAGUUUUAAGUUUAAGGGAGAAGGAUCAAGGUCGUUACCUAAGGUAAUCUCAGCUAUAAGGGCCAGCAAACUGCUUAGUCAGGUGUUUAUGGUCGUGUUCAUUGACGAUAUUUUGAUAUAUUCCGAGACAGAGGCAGAGCAUGAGGAGCAUUUAUGCAUGGUUCUAGAAAACCUUCGAGCUAAUAAAUUGUAUGACAAGUUCUCAAAAUGUGAGUUUUGGUUGAAGCAGGAAGGGGACUUGAUAAUUUGGGAUGAAGCUCCAAUGGCAAAAAAGUAUACAAUUGAAUCAGUUGAUAGAACACUAAGAGACAUAAUGGAUUGUCCACACCCAUUUGGAGGUAAAGUAAUUGUCUUUGGAGAUUUUAUAUUGCGUGUUGGAGAUGGAAACGAGCCCAUCAUCAAAAAUGAUAUCAUUGAAUUGCCUGAGGACAUUGUAGUUGCGAAUGAUUCUGAAAAUGAUGCAAAAGGGAUAUUCAUUAGGAAAAUCUAUCCUGAUCUAAAACUACAUGCAGGAGAAUCAAACUACGUAACAAGCAGAGCUAUUUUGGCAACCACAAAUGCCCAUGUUGAUAGUUCAAAUGAAGAAAUGAUAAAACUUUUUCCAGGAGAAAGUACAACCUUUAUCAGUUUUGAUCAGGCAAUAGAUGAUACCAAUUCUUACUAUUAG